GCAAACUACGUUUACAUUUAGCAGUUGUCCGCCUUCGAGAAGUAAUUCUAGAUCAAUUGUCAAACAUCAAUUUUCUGGUCUUGUCAUUUCAUUAAUUAUUUGCAAUGAAGACAAUCAACACGCUCCUGAUCAUAUUCGUCCUGACCUGUUUAAUCUCUCUGUCAAAUCCUAUGGCAAUAGGAAAAGGUCAUCAAAAAGAACUAUCUUCCAAUACUUUUCUACGACAAUUUUCCUUUGAUGAUACCGAACAAAAACGAUUACUGCCAUGUGAAGACGUCGGAGACCCAUAUCACUGCUUUUAUUUAGCUGUGGUUGAAGAUAAUUGCGAUCAGCAUGGUGGUAACCUGUGUAGUUAUUCUUGCGGGCUGUGUUAAAAACAGGGUCAAUAUAAGUUUUCCCAAAAUAAGAGUGUUUUCAGCGGAAAACUGUUGACAGUCUCAACGCUUUGAUGUUACUGUAGAAAGGGAAAUAAAAUAGAAUUGUGAAAAAACCAA